AUGGAUUUAAAAUAAGUAGAAUAGAUUAAAGAAUAAGGAAAUAGUUUAUUUAAAUAGAAAGAUCUAAAAAGUGCAGCAAUAGCUUUCUAAAAUGGAGUCGAUUUGAUUGAAAAAUCUGGUUAGAACGUCUCUGAUAAUAAAGAUUUAAAAACUCUUUACUUACAAUUAUCCACAAACCUUGCCUUGUGCCAUUUAAAUUAAAAUUAACAUUUUGAAGCAAUUUAAAUAUGUAAUAAAGUACUUAAAAUUGAUCCAGAUAAUACAAAGGCUUUGUAUAGAAGGGCAUUGUCUAAUAAAGCAUAAGCCGAGAGUUAAUUAUAUAGCGAUCCAAAGGAUUUAGAAAGUUUAAGAAUAAAAGAUGGAUUAUUUUCACAGGCUAGAGCUGAUUUAGAAAAGCUAAAUACUCUUGAGGAAAAUAAAGCAGUAAAAUAAGAAUUAUCAUACAUCGUAAAAGAAUCAGUUAAGAUAAAGAUCGCAUUAAAAAAUUUGGAUCCUACCUAUCAAAAUGAAAAGAAAAAGCAAGAAGUAGAAGAAGAGAAGCAAAAUUAGGAUAAAGAUUCAGAUAUCUAAGAAGUUGUAAUUAAUAAAAGCAAGAAGAAUAAUGAAAAUUUGAAAAUAUCUUAAAACUUUACAUUGCAGGAGCUUAACGAAGUAACAAAGAAUGCCUUUGAUAAGAUGGCUGAAUAAAUUUUAAGUAGAAAAGAAAAUCCAUAAAAUACCUUUUAAUACGAAUAAGAGUUUGAUACAUUUAAAAAGCACUCUGACAAGCUUUAUCUUUACAUAAAAAAGCUUCCAACUGAUAUUUAUAAAAAGGUUUUCUCAAAAAAAGAUUAUCCACCAACUUAUCUUUUACUCAUAUUAGAUGCAAUUAACAAGCACUCGAAAUAAGAAGAUUAUCCUUUACUUGUUGAAGUUUUUCAAAAUAUCAAAGACACCUAUAAAUUUAACAUGUGUCUCAUGCAAAUUACAAAAGAUGAAAAGAAAAGUUUUUCAAAUCUUUUUAAAACAAUUGGGGCACCAGAAGAUCUAUUUAAAUCUUAUAAACUUUUAUGA